AUGACUUCGAUUCUUAUCUCAUCUGUCAGAUUUGAACACCAUCCCACCGGGUUUGGGCUAGGUCAUGCUCGGCCUCGGAUCUCAUGGAGUUUCUCUACUGAUGAGGGUAGCGAGAAUGACAGUGCCAUCAAGAAUUGGUCACAAGAAUCUUAUGAAAUCGAAAUCGCCCAGGAAGGGGAUGCUGACGCAAAGGUAUACAAUGUGAAUAGCUCAGAGUCAGUUCUAGUCCCAUGGCCGCACAAGGCUCUCUCUUCACGGGAUGCGGUGUCGGUAAGGGUUCGGUCUCACGGCAAGGCUGUGGAUGGAGCUGGGGCCACCACCAAAAUCAGUACCGAAUGGUCUGACCCACGUGUUGCUGAAGCCGCCCUUCUCGACAAAACUGACUGGACAGCGAAGCUCACAACUUCGGUCCUCUCGUCCAGCAACAGCGAGCCCAAGAGACCAGUGCUAUUUCGAAAGGUCUUCUCUAUGUCCGAGCAGAUGGGUGCGCUCAAGAAGGCCCGUCUUUAUAUCACAGCCCAUGGAGUUUACGAAGCAUUCAUCAACGGUCAGCGGAUUGGCAAGGAGGAAAUGGCUCCCGGGUGGACCAGUUACGGAUAUAGACUGCUUUACCAGACAUUCGACGUGACCGAGCUCCUGACUCCGGGAAAAUCCAAUGUGUUUGGAGUUGAGGUAGGCGAGGGCUGGUUCGCCGGUCGCAUCGGAUUCGGGAAUAAGAGGGGUUUGUAUGGCGACCAAUUGGCGUUCAUAGCGCAACUUGAAGUCUUUUACGAGAGUGGUGAGAGUUAUACAAUGGUCUCAGACGACACCUGGAAGUCUCACCACAGUGCGACAACUCAAAGUGAGAUAUACGAUGGGGAAGACUACGACUCGCAACAGGAGAUCAAAGGUUGGAAUAGUGAGCCCGGCCUUGAUGACCAGUCCUGGAAAUUGACUGAAGGGCUGGAACUCCCAAACUCAACGCUACUGGCUUCCGACACCCCACCAGUAAAAACAACAGAGAAUGUGUCUCCAGCCAAGAUCUUCAAGUCAAAGUCUGGGAAGACAUUGGUCGAUUUUGGUCAGAACCUAGUUGGAAAGCUUCGAGUGCGCCUACCGGCAGUCAAUGGUACAACGAUCCCAGAGGGCCACACGGUGUCCUUCAGUCAUGCUGAAGUACUCGAACGCGAUGAACUCGGGACCCGACCUCUUCGGAGCCAAAGCCAUCGACAAUGUCAUACUGUCUUCCAAACAACCGACUUCAUGGUCCCCGAAAUUUACCUUCCACGGCUUCAGGGGCUGGUCCUACAUAGUGAAAUGAAGCGUACGGGAUGGUUCUCCUGUUCAGAAUCAUUGGUCAAUAAGCUUCACGACAACGUCUUGUGGAGUAUGAAGGGCAAUUUCCUUUCCAUUCCCACAGAUUGCCCCCAGCGUGACGAACGACUGGGUUGGACCGGAGACAUCCAAGUCUUCAGUCCUUCGGCGAACUUCAUUUACGAUACCCAGGGGUUCCUCGGCAGUUGGCUUGACGAUGUCUCCGCCGAGCAAUUGGGAGAUAGCGAUAGCGGAAUCCCAGGACUUGUAGUUCCAGAUGUCAUUCGAGGUGAGAUUGGUGGUGACAUGGGACCGCAAGCAGUGUGGCAUGAUGUCACGGUAUUGACGCCGUGGGAUCUAUACCAGAGCUCAGGCGAUGUGGAGAUACUGCGCAGACAAUAUCCAAGCAUGAAAGCAUGGGUAGACAAAGGAAUAGCCCGCGGCCCAAAUGGACUCUGGGAUCAGAACAUCUGGCAAUUGGCUGACUGGCUCGAUCCUGCAGCACCGCCAGACGAGCCGGGUGCCGCACUCACUGAUGCUGUUCUCGUCGCCGACGCCUACUUGGUUCGAGUGCUUGACACCAUCGCCGAGAUUAGCCACCUCCUCGAUGAAGCAGAAGACGCAGACCGCUACGGUAAAGACGCCACGAGGGUCCGAAAAGCAUUCAAUCACGAAUACAUCGCGCCCUCAGGCCUCCUCGUCGGCGACACACAGGCAGCGCACGCAAUGGCCAUCUGCUUCAACCUGUUCUUGGAAAAACAACACAUACAAAAAUCCGCCAGCCGCCUCCGCCAUCUCGUGCACGCCGCGAAAUUCCGAAUCGGGACGGGCUUCGUGGGGACUCCGUUGAUGACACACGCCCUCUCGGACACGGGACACCACCAGCUCGCAUACAGGAUGCUGCUGGAGCAGCAGUGCCCGUCGUGGCUGUACCCGAUCACGAUGGGGGCGACGACGAUCUGGGAGCGCUGGGACAGCAUGCUGCCGGACGGCUCCAUCAACCCGGGCUCCAUGACCAGCUUCAACCACUACGCCCUCGGCGCUGUCGCGCACUGGCUGCACAAGCACGUAGGAGGCCUCAGCGCCCUCGUCCCAGGCUGGCGCUCAUUCAAGGUCCGUCCCCUCCCUGGCGGAACCAUCACCAGCGCGGACAUCGCGUAUGAGAGCCCCUACGGCCGCAUCGAGUGUCAUUGGAACAUCGUCAACGGCGGCACUUUCAACAUGACUCUCGUGGUGCCCCCAAACGCCACGGCUGUAGUUGUUCUUCCGUCCGCUUGGCAGGAGCCACAAGCCUCGAAUACCACUGGCACUGGUGGCGAGAGUGGGAAUAAGAGUGGAGAGGCUGAGGAGGAAAGCACCACCCUUGGAUCGGGCAGGUAUGAGUUCUCGUGUCCCUACGUGCCGGCAGAGUGGCCGCCGCAGCCGGAGUUCAGACGCUCCGCUUGGAGUAUCAAGGUUUGA